CAAAAUUUGAGUGUGAGAGAGAGGAAGCAAGGAAGCGCAAGGGUUGGAAAGUAAAUUAUUAAAUAAAGGGGAAGGAGAGAUGUUGAGAUAGUUUAUUUGUGAAGAGAUUUGAUCGGAACGCGAUGUUACGAUUAAGUCUUCUGCUUCUCCUGCUCUCCCACUCGGCCUACUCGAUGCUGCUGGGAUGGGUUGAGUCUCCAGGGUAUCCCAUUGGAUACUUGCCCCAUGCCAGUCUAAACUGGAGCAGGUGUGCCCCUAAAGGUCACACCCUCUCCAUCAGGCUCAUCCACCUGGACCUGGAGGAUAGCCAUGACUGUGAAAACGAUGCAGUGAAGGUCUAUUCAAAUGGAAAGCUAAUUUCCGUUCUGUGUGGCAAAAAGGAAUUCGAGGAGCUUCAGUCUACUGUAAAUCCCUCCCUUGUCUCCUCCCUGGGCGGCUGCCUCUCUCUUUCAUUCCACUCCGACUACUCAAACACCAAGAGGCACACCGGCUUCAGAGGCUUUUAUACCAGUCAAGACUUUGACGAAUGUGAGGACGACCCAGAUAAUGGAUGUACCCAGUUCUGUCAUAACUUCAUCGGAGGGUACCACUGCUCCUGUCGCUAUGGUUACCACCUGGGCGUGGACAAACACACUUGCACUGUGAGUUGUACUGAGGAUCUGUCCGGGCUGAACAGAGGUGACAUAUCCAGUCCCUCCUGGCCUGCUUCAUACGCAGAGAAUGCCGACUGUAAGUACACCCUGUCCGUGGAGGCCCACCUGCAGCUGGAGCUGCACUUCUCUGAAGAUUUUGAUGUGGAGCAAAGCCCUGAUGGACAAUGCAUAGACGCACUGAGGAUUGAGACUCCCUCUGGGACUCUGGGGCCGUUCUGUGGCCACACGCCUCCCCAAUCUCCCUUCCUCACUCACUCACAUCAUGUCCAAAUCCGCUUCACCUCUGAUGGCUUUGGAACUAACAAAGGCUUCACUUUCCACUUCAAAACCAGAGACAAAGUCUGUCCAGCAGUGGUAACGCCACACUCCACUGCGACUCCUCAGCAACCAGAAUAUACUCAGGGUGAAACAGUGACAGUAACUUGUGAUUUUGGCUAUAUUGUGAAUACUCAAGGCACCCAGCCCCUGUCAUCAGAGUAUGUGGCGACAUGCCAGAGCACAGGCAUAUGGACUCCCAGUUACAUCUGUGAACCUGUGGAUUGCGGUUUUCCUGGUAUCCCAAAAGAUGGCAUCCUUCAAUUGGUGGGCUCAGCAGGCACUCAGUAUAAAGACCAGAUCCAGUUUAACUGCAGUUCAAAGUACUACACACUGGAAGGAGAUGACACAUACACUUGCAAUGCCAAUGGUGAAUGGGAAUCAGGUGGUGGCAAGAUGGAGAUGCCAAAAUGCAUUGAAGUGUGUGGGAAGCCUGAAAAACACCCUGCAAGUGCAGGCAGAAUUUUGGGAGGUAAGAAUGCAAUCCUGGGAGAGAUACCUUGGCAUCUCUUGAUAAAAGAGCCGAAUAGAGGAGGAGCAUCACUGAUCAAUGACCGAUGGGCUGUCACAGCAGCUCAUGUUGUGGAAGGUAUAGAUCAAACCUCUUUGCGCAUGUAUGGUGGACUGGUAGAUGGAAGAACAACAGAUAGGUCGUCUAAUGUAGUUGUCAUGGACAGUGAGAGGAUCAUAAUUCAUCCCAACUACGUCAAGGACACUGAAGACCGCACCAAUUUUGACAAUGAUAUUGCUCUUAUCAGAUUAGCUUCCAGGGUGAAUUUAGGCACAAACCUCCUUCCCAUUUGUCUGCCAGAGGUAAACACGGGCUUGGUGGAAAAUGAGCAAGGCACUGUGUCAGGCUGGGGGAUGACAGAAGGACAGUCGAAGUCUGCCAUGUUAAAAUAUGCUCAUAUUGGGGUCUACGCCCUUACAGAGUGUGAGAAUACACCUUCCACAUCAACUAACAAACGUAUGCUUUUUACUAACAACAUGUUCUGUGCUGGAGCAACAGGAAAGGACAGCUGCCAGAAAGACAGUGGAGGUCCGUUUGUUUUGCCUAUGUUGGCUGAAGGCAGAGAGCCUUAUUAUCUGACCGGCAUUGUGUCCUGGGGACCCCCCUGUCGUCAGAAGCAGUACAAGGGUUAUUAUACCAAGGUGGAGAAUUAUGUAGACUGGAUUAAAGAGACAAUAGACAAAAUAGAAAGAUCUAAUUUCAAUGCAGAGAUGGGGUGGACUUUCUGCAUCAUCUGGUUUCUGUAUGUGUCAAUGAGUGAGUGCUGGCGGCUGCCUGACUCAGAGCCUCCAAUGCAUGGGGAGGUCCAGUCCCCCCAGUAUCCCCAGCCUUACCCUCCCAACCUGCAGGAGCAGUGGGACCUCAGUGUGCCCGAGGGCUACCAGAUCCGAAUCACCUUCACACACCUGGACAUUGAAGCUUCUGCAGGAUGCCAUUACGACGCCCUUACAGUUCUCUAUGAUGGAAAGGUCCUGGGGAAGUUUUGUGGCAAUGAGAAUUCUGCUGAUGGGCAUCACCCAGGCAACCACCCCAUUUUGUCUCCAGGCAACAGACUUACCCUAAUUUUCCAGACAGAUGAUAACAACCCAGAGCGCCACCAGAACGUGGGCUUCUCUGCUCAGUACCAGGCAAUAGACAUAGAUGAGUGUUCUGCGCCAGAACCUGGAGAUGGCUCAGGUCCACUCUGCUCUCAGAUCUGCCUCAACACCCUUGGCUCAUACCUCUGCUCCUGUCACCACGGCUUCGAGCUUCGCUCAGACCAGCGCACCUGUGUGUUAUCCUGCAGUGGUGGUAUAUUUGAUGAGCCAGAGGGACAUCUGUUCAGUCCAGGAUACCCUAACUCCCCACCUCAUGCUGUGUCCUGUCAGUACAUUAUUUUUGUAGAAUCUGGCUUCACUGUCUCUCUUAACUUUUCUGACAACUUCCACAUCGAGAGCUUGGACACUCAGCAAGGUCCAGUCUGUCUCCAUCACUGGUUGCAGGUAACCAUUCCAGACAAAGAGCCCAUAAAGCUGUGUGGUGGAAAGAGUCCAGGUCUGAUAGUAACAAACUCCAACACUGUCACGCUGGACUACCACACUGAUGAUGACGGCCAGAGCAAUGGCUGGAGCCUGGACUACAGCACAUACAGAGUGGAGUGUCCAUUUCCCGGCAGUAUAGCUAAGGGCAGGGUCACUCCUGUCUUGACUGAAUAUCUCUACAGAGACUACAUCUUUGUGCGCUGUGAUCAAGGAUACAAGCUGAUGAUGGAUGGUCAUGAGUUGGAGAGUUUCUCUACCAUGUGCCAAAAAAAUGGACAGUGGCACCUCCCUAUGCCAGAAUGCCACAUAAUUGAUUGUGGAGAACCCAAACCUUUGCUGAAUGGAGGGGUGACCUUCCUGUCUGGCUUUCAGAAUCAGUACCGUUCUGUUGUUCAGUAUCACUGUAACGAACCAUUUUACUCUCUCCUUGGGGGUGUAAAUGUUAGCUUCACCUGUGAAGCAGACAGAAAGUGGAGAUCCAACAACAAUAUUGUUGUCAGUCCAACAUGUAUACCAGUCUGUGGCCAGCCCACAAAACACAUCUCUGCCUAUCAGAGGAUCAUUGGAGGCAGUGAAGCUCCAGACAAUACCAUCCCCUGGCAAGUGUUAUUGAGUAUAGAUGGACAAAGAGCAGGAGGCAUGGUGAUUGCAGACCGCUGGAUUAUGACCGCAGCUCAUGUCCUAACACAUAAUGGAAAUACAGCAUCACACGAGACUGUACGGGUUUACAUGGGACUUACUGAUGUUAAAAGCCUGACGGACUCUCCUGCGUUUGCUGCCUCAGUCCACAUUCACCCCGAAUACAACAACCCCAACGGCUUAGACUACAACAAUGACAUUGCCUUGAUCAAACUGCAAGACCCAAUCACAUUCAAAUCAUCCAUUAUGCCAAUAUGUUUGCCAGCAGAGGGUGCCACAUACGUCACUGGCAUGAUGGGACUGGUGUCAGGCUUUGGCAUUACAGAAACAGCCGACAGCCGACGGAUUUUAACAAAUAAGCUGAAGUUUGUGCAGCUCCCUGUGGUGGAGCAGGAGACAUGCAGUAAUUCAAUCACUGAGGCGAAGAGGACAAAGGACAACGUACCAAGCCUGACAAAUAACAUGUUUUGUGCUGGAGUCCCUGAAGGUGGGAAGGACUCCUGCCAAGGUGACAGUGGAGGCCCCUUCACCCUAAGUGAAGGUGGACGGUUCUGGGCUGCUGGGAUUGUCAGCUGGGGGGUUGACUGCGGACAGCAGGGAACAUAUGGCGUCUAUACCAGAGUCACCAACUUCAUAGAUUGGAUCAACAAGACUUUGCAAGAGAACUGAAAUAUACAAUAAUUCAUUACAAUGUGAUGUGAAGAUGUUGAUGAAACUAAAGUAAAAACAAACACAUCUACAAUUAAAUAAAAAAGAGAACUAAUUUUGCUCUAAAUAUACCCUGUCUGCAGUGUUAAUGCACAUUGUGUCGAAAAAAGUUAUGAAUUGAGUUAAUCUUCCAGUUGACGAUAAAAAGAUCAAGUGGUAAUUUCUACUUUUCAUGAGUCAUGAUCUCAAAACAUCAUAAAAUCAUUGAAUGAAUGUCAUACUGAUCGUAAAGUCACUGCAUUGUAUUUAAAUCUCCCAAAAGCAUUUUUUUUUUGAAUAAAGUGACAUAAUACAGACUUA